AAAAUCGAGGUUCGAAAAAAUUUGACGACACCCCUUGCCAAGCUUGACUCGCGUACUACCUCGUGUACUACCUCGGGUGGUUUUAUGUUUUUAUCGCGUUUAUAUGUGAAGACCACGGUGAAGACCACGGUGAAGACCUCCUGAAAAGGGCUAGUACUUAGGAAGUGGCGCGGGCCUCGCACUGGUGCACGUCUGCAACUGAAACCCGGGGUGAUCCCUACGCUGUUCUUACCGACGGCAACAGCGGCAGCUUCCUUGGUAAAAGACUACCAUGGGCAGACCACAGAGAGUAAAGACGCCAGAAGAACAGCGUGAAUAUAAUGCUCGACGAAAAGAACAAAACCGUCUUGCUCAACAGCGUCGUAGGCAAAACCCAGCAGCUCUCGCACAAGACGCCGAGUGUAUGCGUCGGGCUAGGCAGGACCCAGCAUAUGCCGCUAGAGAAGCGGAGCGGAAGCGACAAGCUAGGCAGGACCCAGCGUAUGCUGCCAGAGAAUCCGAGUAUAUGUGUCGGGCUAGGCAGGACCCAGCAUAUGCCGCCAGAGAAGCGGAGCGGAAGCGACAAGCCCGCCAAAACGACGAGGAGCGACGUGGGGCAGAGAGCGCUGCGAAACGACAUUUGCAGAGCGAUUCUGACACCCAAGAAAGUGAAUCCAUACUGCCGGACAAUGGACUAGGGUGGGGCAGUUCCAGUGACAACAGUUUGACGCGAGCUGUUACUAUCAAGACAGAACCACCAGAUUAUGUUGAACAGGACGAAGAGCCUAGCAGCCUGGUUCCAGCUUUUACGAAAGAUUACACGGAUGUGACAAAGGUCACCUUCCACUUCAGUGCAGAGCCACAGGCUUCCGAAGAGACUCGACGACCGCACAGUGCAGCAGUGGCCGUUAAGAUUGAGCCGCCAGACCUAACAGAAGUUCACACCGAGGCAGUUUCUACGGGGACAGAUAUGCCGGACGACUUUGCUGCUAGACAAGGGCUGAGUUCCCAAUCCUACUUGAAUGGAUCAGGGUUGGACGGUUCCGGCGGCAACACUGCGACGACGGCUGUUACUAUCAAGACGGACAAGAAAUCCUCUGACACUCAGGAAGCGCCAGGCAGCCCCUUUCCACCAGCAGUCGGGCGCGUGGGCACGGCGAAUUGGUGCUCCUGCGGCAGCAUGUGCAGACCAAUGCAGACGGCGAAGGAGUCAGUGUGCUGCAGGGAGCUGCACAAUGUGGCACGCAUGUGCAGUGACCAGGGGGUGACUUGUGUAACAAAGCACCCCUUGUUCGAGCUGUACUGCCUAAACACCGCCAUCUUGGACCUAGAGUACCAAAAGCUCCGGCUCCUCUGCCCUCUGGAUGCAGGAGACGGGGGCCCACAAGAGAGGCACCGCUACACUGCCUACCAACAAUUUACGUGGUGGGUGGACCACAAGCCAAGGCACGGCAACCGGGUGCCACUGCCCAGCUGCGCCGUGGAACGGAUUCGACGGGAGUUCCCAUCCACCAAUGGAAGUUACGUCGAUCAAAAAAAAUAAAAGGUAUCCGCCAUAUGAAGA